GUUCAGUGGCAGCUCAACAAACACAUCAAAGAGUCACACAAACACAUCCAACCCAUUGUCCACAAACCAAUGCCCACCACUGCUGCCAUCGCAACCGAUUUGACCACACUUUGGAGGCCAUCGGCGGCUAAACGUAAGCUCUCGUCAACCACUCAACUCAAGAGCAAAUUAUCCUCUGAUUUGGGCUCAAAAUUAGCAAAAUAUGGGUUCGAAGAAGUGAUCAAAUAUGUGAUUACUUCUUGUAAACCAACUCAAACUCAAGACUCUAAUCCGGAGUCAUUUGUGGGAACCGAUGAGUCAAAGCCUUCGGACGAUGUGAAGAGUGAAGAAAGCGAACAACUUUUCACUUUAGAUAUGGUUUGCUGUCAAUCGAAACAAUUGAAUAAUCAAUUGUUUGCUAAAUGUAUCGAAACUCUCGAAGCGUUUAUUGAGAUUAAAAUCACUUGUGAGACAUCUAAUAGCAGUUCUCACGACGAGUGGAAUUAUAAUGAUCAAAGCAAAUGGGAUCUACAUUUCAAGGCAUGCGGUGGUAAACACGAAUCGCCGAUAAAUAUAGACACCAGAAAAGUACUCAUCGAUUCCAAUCUGAAGAUUUGUUUCCAUAAUUACGAUCACGUUUAUCAUAAGAUUAUCGCUCAAAAUAAUGGACACACCGUUCGGGUGUUUUUACGGCCGAAUUACGAGAACGAGGAAAUGCCUUACAUUUCGGGAACAGCCGUUUCGGAUGGAAAGUAUAUUUUAGAGUCAUUUCACUUUCAUUGGGGUUUAGAUGAAGAGAUGGGUUCUGAACACUCCAUCAAUAAUAUCUUCAGAUCAGCAGAGAAUUACUCGAACGCCACCGACAAGGCUGACGGUCUGGUUGUGGUCACUGUUUUCGUUGAGUGCAAAGUCCUCACAGAUUUCGAUCUCAUGAAUGCAAUGGAAGACAAUUCCGUUGUGACGCCUAUUAUCAAAGCUCUGCCACACAUUCAUUUCGAUCUCAUGAAUGCAAUGGAAGACAAUUCCGUUGUGACGCCUAUUAUCAAAGCUCUGCCACACAUUCGUGACAAGUCGAGGUUUCACCUGUAG